AUGGCAUUUCAAAAUGGUGUCUCCUCUUCUCCCAUUAAAGCUAUGCUCCAUGUCCCUACCAUUGAGACCAACCGUAAUGAACCUAUAGAAAUCAUUUCUUUUUCUCCUAUUCAAAAUGGCACCCAAAAUGGAGUUCAAGAUGGAGAUUCUUUUUCGCCUGUUUUUCCAGGAUGUUACGUCGAUAUUGCUCCAUUCUAUCCUGAGCAAGGACAUGUCUAUAAGGUAGAGAAGGUCAUAUUCAAAGGAAAAUCCCAAUAUCAAGAUCUUUUUGUUUUUCAGACAUCAACACAUGGGAAGGUUGUUAUUUUGGAUGGGUCACUUCAACUAACAGAGAAGGAUGAAUUUGCUUAUCAAGAAAUGCUCACUCAUCUCCCACUUUGUUCUAUUCUCAAUCCCAAAAAGGUCUUGCUCAUUGGAGGUGGAGAUGGAGGGAUUCUUCGAGAAGUAUCUCGACAUGCUUGUGUCGAGCAAAUCGACAUUUGUGAUCUCGACAAAAUGGUGAUUGAUGUUUACAAGAAGCAUUUCCCAGACAUUGCUAUCGGAUACAAGGAUCCUCGUGUGAAUUCAUACAUAGGCGACGGUGUGGCCUUCAUCAAAUCUGUUCCUCCAGCCACCUAUGAUGCUAUCAUAAUUGAUGCAUUUCAAGGCAUGGGGGCUUAUGCAACAGAGCUUUCAAACGAAGACAUACUUAAAUCAAUAGCAAAGGCGUUGAAGCCCGGCGGAGUGAUGUCGGCUCCGGCCGACAGCAUAUGGCUGAAUAAUUUCGCCAUGGAAGACACCAUAACCCUUUGUCGUAACAUCUUCAAAGGCUCUGUAAACUAUGCUUGGACCUCUGUUCCUUCAUAUGCAAGUGGCUCCAUUGGCUUCAUGCUCUGUUCAACUGACGGUCCAUCAGUCGACUUCAAACGCCCAGUGAAUCCGCUGGAUCCAAGUAAUUUUGGUGUUGCGAAAGGACCCCCCAAGUUCUACAACUCAGAGAUUCAUACUGCAGCGUUUAGUCUUCCGGCAUUUGCAAAGUCGGCGAUGGGUUCCAAAUACGCAUGAUAAACUCGCAUGUAAACAAAUUAUGGUUCUUCAACUGCAGGCUGUAAUGUCAAAGUGAAAAAGAGAA